UCUUUUACUUUGAUGAGUAUGGCGCGUCGGAGUCGACCGUGCGCACCCUUGCCUUUCGAAAGCCGGAGAGGGAGAGCUUACCUGUACGCUUUCUUAGGCUCGUCCCCUCUCUCCUGUGCUCGUUAGUGCGCCUACAACCUACCCUUUCUGCUUCCACUCUUUCCCUUCCCAGAACCCCGCGCUGCUCUCGUCGGAGAGAGAAACUCGAAUGAAGUACAAGAGUUUCCCUCAAAUUUUGGGGGCACAUGGAGAAAUCAAAUAUAUUGAUGAUGAUGAUUAUGAUGACAACAAUGGCGAUGAUGUUCUAGUUGUCCAGCUAUUGGGAGGGGCAUUUGCAGGAACAGAGCAUGAUCACUCGAAAUGUGUUUUAGGUCACCAUGAUCGAAUAUUAUGCGAAGAUAGAUAUAGGAUCCUUAAACAAAGUCAAGAAACAACAGUCCACCUCAGCAAUCUGGGUUGUGGAAGCAAAAAAUGAGAUUCCAUACAAUGUGGUAAUUCAUUCGCUUGCUGUGAAGGAGAUGCUGCAUGACGCAAUGGGGGUUGACGAAUUUGGAGAACCUUCCACACCUAGUACACCUUUUGAGAACUUUGGUCUGCUCAGUUUAAAACAGGGUUGCUCUAGACCAAGUAAAAAGAUGAGGACAUCCACUGAAGAUGAAGACUAUAAUGGUGACACUCAGUUUCUACUGUCUUACCCACAGUACAAAUUUGUGCGACCUCACAGAUAUGCCAAAGGAAAUUCUGAUCUAUCUGAUCCAUUUGCCUUUGCCAAUUUGUUAGGAGGUGUAAAAGAUAGCAAAUAUGGAAGUGUGACUGAAGAACUCAAAGAAGUUUCUAUUCAAUCCAUGAAUUUGAAGGAAAAAUUGAGAGAAAUUUAUAAUGCCAUUGGAAGUCCCCAGAAGAAACUUCACGAUCAAAAUGUAUUUGCUCAUGUAAAGGCUAAGGAGCUGAACCAGACAUCUCCUCAUCUAGGGACCCAUCAAAGUGGCCUUCCUAUAUCUCCUAGAUUACUCCAAUUUGGUGCUGACAAUGUUGUUGUUAUUCCUAACGAGGGACGUGGUGGGCAAGAUCGUGCGUUAGCCAAAGAUGUUAUUCUUCUUUCUGAUGAUGAAGAGGGGUGUGAUGGUAAUCCACAAGCGCAGGUUUCAUUUUGGGCUCUCAAUCAUGAAAUUAAAUACCAUCAACAGUGCCUAGGACAGUCAGAAAAGGCGCAGUUGUUCUCUAGGGAAACUCAAGAUGAUCCACAGGAAAAAAGUGAUCAUACAGAGAGUAAGUUUGGAGAUGAUGCUUUCAUGGGUCAUGAUGAAGAUGGUCAGGAUGCUGAAGAAGCCGAUGAACAUGCUGACAUUUGGAAGGAAAUGACAUUGGCUUUGGAGUGUUCAAAGAAUACCACUUCAGAGAAUGCUGAAGUUAGUGAGGAAAAAGGCGAAUGCAAUCACUCUUGUACUUUGGAAGAUGACUUGGGAUAUGUUUGCCAAUUUUGUGGUGUGGUUCAGAAAAGGAUAGAAACGAUAUUUGACUUUCAGUGGGGGAAGAGUUCAAAGAGUACAAGACUCCCAAUUCUUGACUCUCAAAAACCAAAGGGCAUCACCGAGAAAACUCAAAGCACUGAACUUCCCAGACUUAGAGAUUUCGAGUUAGACCUAACAGGGGAUGUAAUCUCCAUCCAUCCAAGGCACAUGAAUGAGAUGAAGCCCCAUCAAAUCGAGGGAUUCAAUUUCUUGAGAAAGAACCUCCUGACCGAUAAACCAGGUGGAUGCAUUCUUGCUCAUGCCCCAGGGUCUGGAAAAACUUUUUUAAUUAUCAGUUUCUUACAAAGCUUCUUGGCAAAAUAUCCCGAAGCCCGGCCAUUAAUAGUGCUCCCAAAAGGCAUUCUUCAUACUUGGUUGAAAGAAUUCAAGAAGUGGCAGGUCGAGAACAUACCCCUCUUUGACAUGUAUUCUUCGAGCAAGUCAGAAGCUCGUUCUGCUCAAUUAGAAGUUCUCAGAAUGUGGCAGGAUGAGAAGAGUAUUUUGUUCUUGGGGUAUAAGCAAUUUGCGAGCAUUGUGUGUGAUGACAAAGAAAACACAUUAAACACUGCUUGUCAAGAUAUACUGCUCAAGGUUCCAGGUCUUCUAAUCCUCGACGAAGGCCACACGCCAAGGAAUAGUGAAACCGAUAUUCUCCACUCUCUAUCCAAAGUGCAGACCCCUAGAAAGGUGGUUUUAUCAGGAACACUUUUUCAGAACCAUGUUCAGGAAGUUUUCAAUAUCUUGGACCUUGUGAGACCAAACUACCUGAAAACUGUGAAUUCUCGAGCCAUAGUUAAGCGUCUCUUGAGUAGGGUCCCACUGUCAGGGGGCUCCAAGAGGAAGUUCAAAGCUCAGGUGGACAAGAAUUUUUGUGACUUGAUUGAGGAUACAUUGCAAAGUGAGGAUAUGGGUGCGAGAACAAGGGUUUUGCAGGAUUUGAGGGAGUUAACCGGAAAGGUUCUCCAUUACUAUAAGGGUGAUUUCUUGGAUGAGCUACCUGGACUUAUAGACUUCACUGUUAUGCUGGAGCUAAGUCCAAGGCAAAAAGAUGCAAUCAAUGGACUUCAGAAGCUUGAAACAAAGGGAGAAUUCAAGAGAAGAGUUGUUAGUUGUGCUGUUUGUAUGCAUCCUUCAUUGGAGGAGUUAUCAAAGGCAGCUGCUGCCUCAAACAAAGGAGGUAUUAGUGCUGAUUUUAAUAAAGCACUAGAUGAAAUUAUAAGUAAUUUGAAUGUGGAUGAUGGGGUGAAAACCAAAUUUGUUCUCAAUAUAUUAUCUCAGAGUGAAGCUACUGGUGAAAAGCUUUUGGUUUUCAGCCAGUACCGCCUUCCUCUGAUAUUCUUAGAGAGAUUGGUUAUUACCCGAAAGCGGUGGCUCCCAGGAAGGGAAAUAUUUCAGAUUUCUGGUGACUCGGGUCUUGAAGAGCGGGAAGAAUGUAUGGAGAAAUUCAAUAAUUCUCCAGAUGCUAGGGUCCUGUUUGGUUCGAUCAAGGCUUGUGGAGAGGGAAUAUCUCUAGUUGGUGCAAAUAGGGUUAUAAUUUUGGAUGUACAUUUGAACCCCUCAGUGACUCGACAAGCAGUGAGUCGAGCGUUUAGACCGGGCCAGAAGAAGAAAGUCUAUACAUAUAGGUUGGUUUCUAAUGAUUCUGCUGAAAAAGACGACCACUAUGCCGCCUUACGUAAGGAGCUGAUCUCAAAAGUAUGGUUUGAGUGGAGUGGGCUUCAUGAUGAUCAGGCAUUCCAGAUGGAUGAGGUUGAUGUCAAUGACUGUGAUGAUGACUUCUUUGAAAAUGCUUCAUUGAGAGAGAUGGUGAAGGCUUUGUAUAAGAGGUGAAGAUUAUUCCUGGUGUGCUUCUCUCUCAACUGGGAUUGGACCUGCAUGAGUUUGCUCAGGUCCAAAAAAAUCCUCACAUAUAUAUGAGCCCUGGGUUUUUUUCUACAAUUUUGUUUUUGUCCAUUGGUUAUGGCUUUUGCAUACAAAUUUUGUUGUUUCACUUCAAAUACUCUUGCCAAUGGGUGGAACGAUUGGUACCAUUGGAGAAUGCCAGGAGGGGAGUGGUUGUUCUGCCAUAACUGACUGCAACAGGGGAUAGAUUUGGUUGCGACAGUGUUCUUAAGUUUUUAAUAUGUAGAUAUUGAACGGUCUUGUACAUUCAAAAAAAAGAAAAGAAAUGUAUGUAGAAAAAUGUAAAU